CCAUCAUCACUAUCAUCAUCCCCAACCCCACCAUCUCCAUCAUCAUCAUCAGCCCCAUCCCCAUCAUCCACUGAUAUUGUCACCAUCAUCAUCACAAACACCAUUCCCGCUGCCAUCCUCAUCCCCAUCACCAUCACUGUUCCUAUCACGAUUGCCAUCACCAUGUCCAUCGUGAUCACCAUCACCAUCAUUCUUAGUUUCAUCACUGUUGCCUUCAUCACAAUCACCAUCCCCAUCACCAUCCCCAUCACCAGCACCAUCACUGUCCCCAUCGUGAUCACCCUUGUCAUCACCCUGUCCAUUGUGAUCACCAUUAGCACCACCAUCACGAUCACCAUCAUUCAUCCUGUUACCAUCACCAUCAGAUUUAGCGUCACCAUCAGGAUCACCAUCACCAUCACCGUCAGUGUUACCAACACCAUUACCGUUAUCAUUACUGUAACCAUUACCACCACCACCAUUACUACCACCAUCACCAUCACCAUUAUUGCCGCCACCAUUACCAUCAUUGUCACCCUCCCCAUCCCUGUCACCAUCACCAUCACCUUUGUGAUCACCUUUAGCAUCCCCAUCACCACCACCAUCCCCACCCCCAUUACUGUCCCCAUCCCCAUUACUUUCAUCAUCACCUUCAUCAUCAUCAUCAUCACCAUUCCCACCAUCACCACCGUUACCAUCCCCAUCAUCACCAUCAUCACCACCAUCACCAGUCCCCCCAAAACCCCUUGGUAG